CAAUUUAAUAAAUAUUUAAUACCCAAGCAAGGAGUAAAUCCACUUCUUUUAGAAUGCCAAGGCCACAAAUAUUGAAUAACCAAUACAUAGUUCAAAAAGCGAAAGUGAAACUAGUAAAAGACAUAUAUAAUAAGAAGAAGCUUUAAGCAUUAUUUUGUCUAUAUGCAAUUUGUGUUUUUGGAUCAAGGUUGUUUUGGUAUUGUUUCUAGGAAUAUUUGCAUACUUGAACUACCUCACCCCAAAGAAGAGGUCAGAAAUUUUGGAAUUGCUGGUCAACGGACUGAAACGAUUGGAAUAUCGUGGCUACGAUUCUGCAGGUGUCGCCGUUGAUGCCGCCAACGAAAAGGACAUUACACUGAUCAAGAAAACCGGAAAGGUUGCGCUCUUGGAACAGGCCAUCAAAGAAGUAAGCGACACCCUGGAAAUCAAAAGCUGCGUUGAAACUCAUUGCGGCAUCGCCCAUACCCGUUGGGCCACUCACGGUGUACCCAGCGAAGUCAAUUCCCAUCCCCACAGGUCAGACACUGAAAACUCCUUUGUUGUGGUCCACAACGGCAUCAUCACCAACUACAAAGAAGUCAAAUUUUUCCUGGAACAAAAAGGCUACCGGUUCGAGAGCGAAACCGACACGGAAAUCAUUGCCAAAUUGAUUUUCCACUUUUACAAAACCCACCCGAAUUUCUCCUUUAGAGAACUUGUAGAAAAUGUUGUGCAGCAAUUGGAAGGGGCUUUCGCCCUUUGCUUCAAAUCUAAACAUUUCCAAGGAGAAUGUGUGGCUACAAGAAGGGGCUCGCCUCUUUUGGUCGAUCAUAGACCUCAUGGCCGCUCAGAAUUCCCCAGCCUACCAAGAACAGGUUCCACUGAAUUCGAACCCUUAGAAGACAAACAAGUGGAAUAUUUCUUUGCUUCAGAUGCUUCUGCCAUUAUUGAGCACACCAAUCGUGUCAUUUAUUUCGAGGACGAUGAUAUUGCUGCAGUCAGAAAUGGUAUUCUGAGCAUCCACAGGCUCAGACGCGUUGGAUCAGAUGAUCCAACCAACCGCGAAAUUACCACCUUAAAAAUGGAGUUGCAACAAAUCAUGAAGGGCAACUAUGAUUAUUAUAUGCAAAAGGAAAUUUUUGAACAGCCAGAAUCGGUUGUAAACACAAUGAGAGGGCGUGUCAACUUUGAAACAAGAUCGGUUACUUUGGGAGGAAUCAAGGAACAUAUUCCUGAAAUCAAGAGAUGUAGGAGGUUGAUGUUGAUUGGAUGUGGUACUUCGUAUCACAGUGCGAUUGCUACACGUCAGCUUUUGGAGGAGCUUACUGAAUUGCCUGUCAUGGUCGAACUGGCUAGUGACUUUUUGGACAGGACUACGCCUGUGUUUAGGGACGAUGUGUGUUUCUUUAUUUCACAAUCAGGUGAAACCGCUGAUACCCUAAUGGCGCUGCGCUACUGCAAACAACGCGGCGCUUUAAUAGUAGGCAUAACCAACACAGUGGGCAGCUCAAUAUGUCGUGAAUCCCACUGUGGGGUGCACAUCAACGCUGGACCCGAAAUCGGCGUUGCCUCAACCAAAGCAUACACCAGCCAGUUCAUAUCUUUGGUAAUGUUUGCGCUGGUAAUGAGCGAAGAUAGGCUGAGCUUGAAAAAACGCCGCGAAGAAAUCAUCGAGGCGUUGAAGCACUUGCAAGAACAAAUCCGCGAAGUGCUUAAACUGGACGACAGAGUCAAAGCUUUAGCUGAAGAUUUGUACAAUAAAAAAUCUUUGCUUAUUAUGGGCAGGGGAUUCAAUUUUGCUACUUGUUUAGAAGGGGCCUUGAAAGUAAAAGAACUAACCUAUAUGCACAGUGAAGGUAUUAUGGCAGGCGAACUCAAACAUGGUCCUUUGGCCCUUAUUGACACCCACAUGCCUGUAAUGAUGAUAGUGAUGCGAGAUCCUGUCUACAAUAAAUGCAUGAACGCUCUUCAACAAGUAAAAUCGCGCGAUGGUAAUCCAAUAAUCAUUUGCGAAAAGGGCGAUAAGGAAACGAUGGACAUGGCAAGUCAAUAUUUGGAGGUUCCCAAAACUGUUGACUGUCUACAGGGUAUUUUGACUGUCAUCCCGAUGCAAUUGUUGUCGUUCCAUAUUGCGGUUAGGCGAGGUUGCAACGUGGAUUGUCCAAGGAAUUUGGCCAAGAGUGUCACUGUAGAGUAACUCUUUUGACAAGGCAAUUUUUAUUUUGGGACCACUUUAUUAAGAGAAUUUUGUUUGACUAUAAUGCAAGAUUAAUUUUAUUUUUUUAUUGUAUCAGAUCUCUUAUUCCAAUAUUUAGUAUUAUCCAUUAUUUUUGUGUACUUAUUCCAAUACAUCAUUAUCAGUGCAAUAUUAGUUGUUUAAGUGAAAUUGCGAAAUUUAUAUGUAUUUAUGUUUUAUUUUUUUUUGUUCCUGCUUUUAUUUUUUUGUUUUAUUUUUAUUUCUAUAGUUUAUAUUUGAAUAAAAUUAUACACAUGCCUAUUAAA